UCUGUGAGGUGUUCUGCACUAUUUAUCAGUCUGUUUCUCACUCUUCUCCACUUUCGCUACCUGGAAGGCUUAAACUCAGGGCCUGCGCUGUGCAUCGAGCCUCGCUAUGUGGCUGCUGUUGUUCUUGGCAUGGCUCGUCGUUUGGGCCUGCGGGACCUACUGGUACCUUUUCGGGAAGCCCAGCCCGUUCUCUUUGGACUCGGUGAGGCCUCCGGGGCCACGUGUGUAUGACCAGAAGUUGAGGGACAAGGUGCUUAAACAAGGAUUCAGUGCUGACAAAGUGCCAAAGGACCUGGACGCCAUUGUCAUUGGUAGUGGAAUCGGUGGGAUGACGGCUGCAGCGACCUUAGCAAAAUUGGGAAAGAAGGUUCUGGUACUGGAGCAACACGACCAGGCCGGUGGCUGCUGCCACACCUACUUGGAGAAGGGCUUUGAGUUUGAUGUUGGGCUUCACUACAUCGGCCAGCUGCAUGAGAACAGUCUGUUUCGCAUUGCCAUGGACCAGCUCACGGAGGGGCAGCUGGAGUUUGUGGAACUGGAGCAGCACUUUGACACCAUCGUCAUCGGCCAGGGUGACGACCGGCGAGACUACCACAUCUACAGCGGCAAAACCGACAUGGCAGAGCGCCUGAAGAAGCAGUUCCCAAAUGACACCGCGGCCAUCGACGCUUUCUUCCAUAUCAUGAAGGUCUCAGCCAAGAAGACCCACUACCUGGCCACACUGAAGCUGAUCCCACUCUGGCUGGCUCUGUUCUUGCUCAAGUCCCGCAUUGCCCAUUUCUUUUCGUCCGUCUUCAGGCUGUCCAGCGCUAGCGCUACGGAAGUGAAUGACAGCCUGACGAGCAAUAAGGACCUUCACAUCAUCUUCUCCUACUUCUUCUAUGGUGUGCCCCCCAGAGACUCCAGCACGGUCAUCAACGCCUUGCUCCUGCACCACUACAAGCGAGGGGCGUAUUACCCACGGGGAGGGGCCAGCGAGAUCCCGUAUCACAUGACCCACGUCAUCCAGAAACCAGGGGGCAAUGUGCUAGUCAGGGCGUCUGUCAACCGCAUUCUGGUGAACGAGGACGGCGCAGCGUACGGUGUGACAGUGAGGAAGGGCAAAGAGGACGUGGAGGUGCGGGCCCCCGUGGUCAUCUCCAACACCGGCGUAUUUACUACCUUUGAGAAGCUUCUUCCGCCUGAGGUCAGCUCCAAGCCAGAAAUUCAAGAUCGCCUUGAUAUGAUGAAACAUGGCAGGGGGUCCUUCUUGGUUUUUAUGGGAUUCAAUGCAACGCAAGAGGAGCUGGAUAUUGUACCAACAAACUACUGGCUCUUCAAAAACAAUGACAUGGACAGCAUGAUCGACGACUUUUUCAAUCUGAGCAAAGAAGAGGUGGCAGACAAUAUUCCCAUGAUGUUCAUCACAUUUCCCUCUGCCAAAGAUCCCACUGCAAAAAUCCGCCACCCGGGGAAAUCGUGCAUGACCCUCCUGACCAUGGUGAAGUAUGAGUGGUUCGAGGAGUGGAAGGACUCCACCGUGAGGAAGAGAGGGGACGACUAUUACAAUUACAAGAUGAGCAUCGCUAACAAGCUGUUUGAGUGGGCCUGCAUCCACUUCCCCAAGCUCAAAGAUAAGGUGGCAUUCAUGGAUGCAGCCACACCCCUGACAAAUACACACUACUUGGGCGCCCAACGCGGAGCUAUGUAUUCAGCUGAGCACAACCUGUCCAGAUUCGAACCCGAGGCGGUGGCCAGAAACAGGUGCUCCACACCUGUCAAGAACCUCUUUAUCUCAGGCCAGGAUGUGUUCAGCUGUGGAAUAGCUGGGGCAAUGCAUGGGGGUCUCCUGUGUGCUUGCACGGUCCUUGACCACAUUAUCUACAUCGACCUUCUUUUCCUCAAGAAGAAGCUAAAGAGGAAGAAGGCAAGAGAGUUAGCCAAGGCAGCCAAGAAGCUUGAGUAAGCUGAUGAUCCUCCAGCCCCCUCCGCAGGUCUAUACCAGAACUGCAUUUCUUUAAUGGAUAUCACGUGAUAGACAUGGAACACAGAUUCAAGAAACUAUUCAUUGCUAUGACUGGUAAGACUGAAAAGCACAGACUUCUACAAUAUAAUGGGAAACAACCAAGUAUUGAAACCAUAUAAGUUAACCAUUGACAUCUUGAUAGACAAAACCAUUAUAGGUGUUCCAUACCAGGUUGUUAUGUGUAAAUUGUAAUGUGUGACAAUUGUGAUCACAAUAAUAAUGAGACCCGUCAGACCAUUCACCAAGUAAAAUGAAAAUGGAGUGUUUUGGUUAAUUUAUUACAAUGUCCAAGCAUCAUGAUGAAAAUGGAUAAAUCUCAUACUCAUCCAUUCUGCAAAUAUUGUAUUUUUAUAGCAUUUGCAUUCUGUAUACACUGACCUAUUGCUAUUGUUUUUUUUACUUUAAUGUAACACAAAUACAUCAAACAGACAUGUACUUACACAGGAUAUAUAAAACAAAGUAGAUAUAAAUGAGUAAAAACACUGCCCAAAGUUGAUAUAAAUGAGUAAAAGACACAUUACUGCCCUUCUGCCAAAGACAGAAGGCCAGUAAAUGCGUCUUAUCAGCUCAAACUCACACUUUCUCCAGGAUUCCUGACAAUUUACAAGUGUGUGACUGCAGCCUGUGCUAUACCAGGAAACAUAACUGACGUUAAAGAAAAUCUAAAACCGUGACCGGAAGAAUUAAGACCCUGAACACAACCACUGGUUAAGAUUUGCCUUUGUUUUACUGUCCUAUCGUAUCUUUUCAAACUUUAAGACCAUUCCUCCUACUUCAGGUGUGCUGGGAUGGUUCGUCAUUCUGACAGCUGCCCAACCUCUUCCCAGGUGCUGUAAUUUGAAUUUAAUGAGCUGUUUUCUGGGCAGCCCCCACAAUGUUUUUUGACCUUGCCCUGAAAACCUAAAUUAGUCCAAAUUUUGCCUCUCUGCACUGUUUUGUGUCACAAACUGGGCCAAUGAAAAGCUCAGUAUUUUUCAGGAAGGGUGUAAGUGCACAAGCAGCUCACGUUACUACUCUUCUGUACGUAGAAGCAAAAUAAUCUUCCAACGCGAUACAGAAGAAGCUCUGCAUUUGGGUGUUUAGGGUACAGGGGAAAAUGGCCUAAGUGGCGGAAUAUCUUCUGGGCUUUGCUGUUGGCUGAAAUGUGUGGCUGCCUGCACAUGGUCUGUGCCUGAUUUAGACGGCAUGUCCAAACAGAGCAGGGUUACGGUGCCGCAGACCGCUCUUCCUUGUAGGCAUCAGUCUGCUUUAGGGUUGCAAAGGGUUGGAAAAUUUCCAGUAAAUUCCUGAAAACUUUCCUUGGUAAGGUUAAGCUUAGGAAUUUUGGAAAUAUUACCCAGUUUCAUUAUAAAAUGUGAACUUAUACUAGUGAAUAAAAAGAAAUUCUCGAUAUUAUGGCAUGGUUUGGAUAAAAUAUCUCCAUUUAAUGGAAAUUCAGGUGAAUUACAUCCCUGCACUUCGCAUUCUUGCAUCUCAGGCACAGGUAAUUGUCAGCAUCCCAUUGAAGGGGAAUUCAGCAAAAAUGCAACCCUCAGCAUACACAGUGUUUUCCCCCAUCAGAGGGAAUACAUUAUUCAACAUUCCUGUUUUUUGUCGUUCAGUGAAAGAACCCACGUAAAAAGUAAACUAUGUGAAAAUAAAAUUUAAUUACUUAAGUUAAACUCAGAAUUAAAUUGUCACUUUUUUUAUUUCUAUUAGUAGGUUUCCCAAUUAUGAUAAAGUAAAAGGGUUAUUUUUCUAUUUGCAUUAUGGCAUGGUAAAUGCAGCCCGUGCACAUAAUCCCCACAAUCUCCCAUUUAUUCCAAAUUAAUUUCCAUAUAUUCCAUAUAUUUCCAAAAUUUUGCAACCCUAGGAAGCAUAGACGCAUUGCAAUGCAGAGUCAAUUCUGAAAUGAUCUCAGAAAAGGGCACGUAAUUGAGUAUCACAAAAUGUAAGAGAAGAGGAAAGGAAUGGCAUGAAGCCUCCUCAUUGUUACGCUGACGUUUUUAACAGAUGAGCUGUGAAAACAAAGACAUUAUUGGUUUUACAGACUCGUGAUAGUCUUGGAAUUCCUCUUCCCUCUGGCCAUUAGCCAGACCUGGACUUACCACAGACACACUCUUUUUCCAAAUGACAGUAUGCACAGAGGAGAUCUAACAGCCUCCUCCAAAAAGUAUGGAAAGUGUAUUAUUUGAAAAAUGCACAUUGCCCUGACGACUCUUGAUUCUUUAAAUCUGCAUUUGAUAUUCUCUUAACUUGCUUUAUUCUUUGAGAUUUUACAUUUUUCCUGCUGGUUGUUGAAUAUCUGAUUCAGAAAUGUUUAAUUUAAAUUAAUGACUGCAGAAAUGCAGUCCAUAUUCUACCUUUCAUGGUGAUCACAGACCUUCACUUGAGGUUAACAAAUUGAAAGAAUGUACAGAAAUGACACAGAGGAAGGGAACUGCAAAGCAUGCUGGGAGAAGCCUGUUUACUUUAUAGUCAAUGCAGCUUGCAUUCACCAGCUGCUGUUGAAUGCCAUUUACUGUCACAUAUCUAGAAUUAUUUAUAAGAAUAUCCAAACAUGAUUCUUUCUCAAGCAUCACAUGCCUAGCACAUUUGUUCAAUGUAUGUUAUCCAUGAUACAUUUGAAUAUCAUUGCCAUGAAAAUAAACCUAAAUGAUCACACAUUAACAUGCAGUAGAUUGGUUACCAUAUUAGUUUACCUGUUAAAAUGACUUGUAUCGUUAAAUUAUUAUACUUUGUAUGUCAUGUAAACUAACAAAUGUGUAAAAAAAAUCAUUAAGAUUUGAAUCUGUUAAGUUUUGGCAUAAGGCACUGGAGCCAUCAACCUCUAAACUGGUGACCCAUAUAAAAUAAUACAACAGGAAAAUUACAUGGAAGGUAAGUAACAAAUUGUAAUCACCGUGGAGACAGGACUUAUUUUUCCAGGCACACUUACAGGUAUAAGAGCUAUAAUCCACACAGGGCCUCUCAUAUAUCAGAUGUGUCAUACAGAUCACUCGGAUGCUGCUUUCAGGAAAGCUAGUGAGGAAAACGAACCGAGAAGAAAACAAACAUGAAACACUCUUUGUUUGGAAGUGCAGAAUCUGGGUAAAAUUAUGUCUGAAAAAAUAAAAUGUCUGAAGAAACAAACAAAGUCCCGAAAUGCAUUAACCUCAUCAGUUCCGGCUUUGUGCCUGUUCUCAUUUUAAGAAACCAACUAAACUGAUGAUACUAAACAAUGUGUAUGUACUGCCACAUAACCCUGACCUAAAAACAGCUACUGUAACUGGUAUGUACACCACUUUUUGAAAUAGCCCUCACAUUGUAAAAAUAUGAAAAUGGACACACAAGUGCCCAAAUACAGCUUAAAAAACAUUUACAUCAGUCAGACUCUUCCUGUUGUAUAUUUUAUUACGAAACUAUUUGGUCUGUUGUCCAUUAUUCAGUUUAAUUACAUGUGCCCUUUCCACUAUAAAAAUGCUUUUAUCUGAAAUUUCA